GCUAGCAUCAGAUGCGAGUCUAUAUCGGAAGCAGCUCAGGUGGUGAGAAAAAAAUGUCUGUCUCAUCUUAAUACAACAAAAACAGCUUUACCAUGCAGGGCUAAAAUGUCUCAAAUGAUAGACCUAUGGGUCUUUUGUGCGACCUAGUCGAUGCCUAUUUUGGCAGUGAAUUGGGGGAUGCUUUGCAAACCGUAAUUUCUGUCCCGGGAUAAAAUUGCUACCGCGGCAUACACGUCUCAGAUAAACCCGGGCUCUCAAGCGGACUCCGAACAUGGCCACCAUGAGGAUAUUAACAGCUGCCGGACUGUUCUUGGCCUUCUGUGCUCUGGGACUGUUGACAAUGGCCAUAAGCACAGACUACUGGUACGAGACUGAUGCGAGACGGCACAGAGAAAGAUGCAAAAAAUACGCCAGUAAAAGGAUUGACCCUGGAUUUAUUUAUAUUUCAAAUCAAAACCUUCCUUUACGGAUGCAUCCAAAUGGAAAUGUGGGCGAAAGGACGAAGACCACUGAAGGGGCUCUUUUGCGGGUUAGACGGGAAUCUAUAGCUCCAGCUGCGGUCAUAGAAUCCCGCUGCAGUCGGCGUUUUAACUCAACUGUAACCGGAUUGUGGAGAAAGUGUCACCGGGCAGGUUUUGAUCUAGAAAAUGAGGAAUUGAUAUUCAAAGGUCUGCUUCAGCGCUGUACUCCAGUGAAGUACUACUACUCCUCAGCCACUAUUCCCCGUGACCUGCCCAUCAACAUCACCAAGACUAUACGCCAAGAUGAGUGGCACGCUCUGCACUUGCAGAGAAUGACUGCUGGCUUCAUAGGAAUGGCUGUGUCCAUCAUUCUGUUUGGCUGGAUGGUAGGACUCCUGGGUUGCUGCAAACAAAAUGAGCUGAUGCAGUAUGUAGCUGGCCUGUUGUUCUUAAUGGGAGGAACCUGCUGCAUCAUCUCCCUGUGCACGUGCGUGGCCGGCAUUAACUUCCAGCUGUCGCGCUACCCGCGCUACGUGUACGGCCUGCCCGAGGACAUCAGCCACGGCUACGGCUGGUCCAUGUUCAGCGCCUGGGGGGGGCUGGGGCUCACCCUGCUGGCCGGCUUCCUGUGCACGCUGGCCCCGUCGCUGCACACGCCCCAGAGCACGGUCACGCACAAGCCGCGGCAGGAGAACGGCAUCGUGUGACAGGCGCAGGGGCCGCCCCGAGCACCAGGGCCCCGCGCUCAUCCCCGCUGCUUACAGAACAAAGAGACCCCCCCUUCCCCCCCGGAGCAGCAGAGGAAGACUGAAAGGCUGACUUUCACCCACUCAGACAUGGAGAGCCACGUGGACUAGAGGAGGACAUGUACAGUUGGGCGCUGGGUCCACUGGGACCUGUUUUUGGCAAAGUGAUGUUUUACUGAAGAUGUUCUGUGUUACAAUGGUGCUCUUUCUCUGUCUCUCUCUCUCUCUCCCCUCAAGACGCCCUCUCUGGUUCACUCUAUCUUCUCUCUCUCUCCCCCAAGACGCCCUCUCUGGUUCACUCUUUCUUCAACUCAUCUGUUCUUUAUUUGUCUCCUUUGUCUCAGAGGAUAUCAAGCAGGGAGCUGUUUUAGAAAUUGGCAGGUUAGGUUUUUAGUUAGGUGUUUUUUUUAUUUGUCUUUAUGUUGCCUGUUGUAUAAACAAAAAAAUCUCUCAUGUCUUCCUGUAUCGUCAUAUCAUUUGUUGUACACUUUAAAAUGACUGGAUAAAAACAAUUAAGAGCACAAAAGGAUACAUGAGACUGAAAAGAGUGAAGUAUACAUCAUGAGUACAUACUUGUCCGUUCAUUUCUAAUGCAGUAUGUGUAAAUGUAACCCUGUUUAUAUGAUCGUUUGUUUUUAGAGUAAAUGUACAGUAUUGUGAUGCAGGGUCAGGAAUGGUUGUGAAGGCACAAACCCAUGUUUGAAAGAUAACAAGAAUAAAUUAAGAUCUUUAAUAGAACAGUC